AUGGGGCAACAGAGCUUGGCAGCUCCACUCUUGGACAGCCAUGGGUCGACAACAUCUAGAGCUCUUUGGCUCCUCCUUGCAAUUGUAGCCAUCAUCUGUCAGUUCUUGUUUUCUCUCUCACUUUCUUAUACCACAAGCUGUAUUUAUGAUCUCUCUGUUCUGGCUUUUCACAAAGCUGUAGGCCUUAUAUUUGGAGGGCACACAAAUGGGCGGGUAACGAUCAGAGGAGCAAACAAUUUUAAAAUCAAUGAUUCUGAUAUUGUUGAGUCAGAGAAGGGAGUUGUUGCAGCUGAUGAUGCCAGAUGUUCUGAGGUUGGUGCUUCAAUACUUAGACAGGGUGGGCAUGCUGUUGAUGCUGCAGUGGCAACAACAUUGUGCCUUGGCGUUGUUAAUUCGAUGGCAAGUGGGAUUGGAGGUGGGGGUUUCAUGCUUGUCCGAUCUUCAGCAACCUCCCAAACCCAAGCUUUUGAUUUCAGGGAGACUGCUCCUAUAGCUGCUUCACAGAAUAUGUACGAGACCAAUCCCAACGCCAAGUUAGUAGGUGCAUUGUCAAUGGGAGUUCCUGGUGAGAUAGCUGGUCUCCAUGAAGCUUGGAUGCAACAUGGGCGUAUGGAAUGGAAGACUUUAUUUCAACCUGCCAUAAAACUAGCUAAAGAUGGAUAUGUGAUUGCUCCUUAUCUUGGAGGAUAUAUAAGUAGAUUAGGAGAUAAGAUUCUAAGUGACCCUGGCCUAAGGCAAGUGUUUGCACCAAAUGGGAAGUUGUUACAGACAGGUGAUAUAUGCUACAAUGUAGAACUUGGCCGUAGCUUAGAGGCAGUGGCAGAACUUGGGCCACAAGCCUUCUAUAAUGGCAGUGUUGGUGAAAAACUAGUAAAGGAUGUGAGAGAGGCUGGCGGGAUCUUGACAAUGGAGGAUCUAAGGAAUUACAAGGUGAGUGUUGUGGAAGCAGUGGCUGCUAAUGUGAUGGGCUACACUGUAUUUGGAAUGCCACCUCCUUCAAGUGGAACAUUGGGGCUUUCUUUGGUUCUGAACAUCUUCGACAGCUAUGGAACUUCGGACGCUGCAAAGGGAGAUCUUGGUUUACAUCGUCUGAUUGAAGCAUUGAAACACAUGUUUGCAGUCCGAAUGAACUUGGGGGACCCUGCUUUCGUUGAUACAAGUAAAUAUGCAUCUGAUAUGCUUUCCCCAUCUUUUGCAAAGAAAAUUCAGCAGAAGAUAUUUGACAACACAACCUUCCCUCCAGAGUAUUAUUUGCAAAGGUGGAGCCAGCUCAGAGAUCAUGGAACAAGUCAUUUCUGUAUAGUAGAUGCAGAUAGAAAUGCCGUCUCAAUGACAAGCACUGUAAACUAUCCUUUUGGAGGCGGAGUGCUCUCUCCUUCUACGGGAAUUCUGCUCAACAAUGAGAUGGAUGACUUCUCAACUCCGACGGAGAUAUCCCCAGACCGUCUCCCUCCUGCUCCGGCAAAUUUUAUUGAACCAAACAAGAGACCUUUAUCCUCCAUGACUCCACUUAUUAUAAUGAAGGACAAUGAGUUGGCUGGAGUUAUUGGCGGUAGUGGCGGUAUGAACAUAAUUCCAGCAGUAACCCAGGUUUUUCUGAAUUACUUUGUAUUGGGGAUGGAUCCUUUAGCUGCAGUUCAAAGUCCAAGGAUCUACCACAAGCUGAUACCAAACGUAGUCUCCUACGAGAACUUGACUGUGAUAGACGGUGAUCACAUCGAGCUUUUGGAUGAAAAAAAGCUCUUCUUGCAAAAGCGGGGACAUCAGUUGGAGGCUAAGGCAGGGGGAGCCAUCACUCAGCUCAUUGUCCAAACCAUCCGAAAACCUGUUAACAUGAGCCGAAAAAGUGGACAAAAUUCUAACGAACAAACAUUUCAUGGUACACUCACUGCUGUAAGCGAUCCUAGAAAGGAUGGGAAGCCUGCAGCUGUAUGA